ACUCCCCCCUUGUUCCAAAGCCCCAUGGUUGGAUAGAGAAGCUAGCUGAUGGCUCAUUAGUCCUGGCUAUGGUGUGAGAAGCUGUGCAAAGGGAAGAGAAAAAUUCUCUAACAUUCAACAGUCCCUAAUUAUUCCACAUAAUUUAGCACUAAGGAUUGUGCUCUGGCUGACAGUGGGUGCCAUCCUCUGAGGACCCUUGGGUAGAGCAGGACACAGAGCUCAGAGAACUCUGUCCAGUGGCCGAAGAGGUAAUGCUUGGCCACCUGAGUGUUGACAUUAAAGCUGAAAGCAGAUUUGGCAGGGUUCGAAUUCUUUCAGGCCAGUCAGGGCCCAGGCAGCCAUACAGGCUUCCCUGCUGGAUGAGAGGUAGUCUGCUCGAGGGGGGUGAGCAGGCCUGGCCCCUCAGCUCUGGGCAGCUGUCCCAGCUGUCCUGCUGGAAGACAGACACGCAGCAGGGACAAGAGGCUUCUUCUCAGCUGGCGGCUGGCCCAAUGAGCACACCGCUCUGGAAACUAAGAUGUGGGGCCAGUGUCCAUGUCACAGAUCCUAGCAGGUAGGCAGCCUCCCCAGGGCGCUGCCCAGGAGCCAAGAACGCUAGGUCCCCAGGCUCGGUCCCAGAGAGGUGGGAACAAAGGGUGCCUUGUCCUCUCAGCACCUUCCUGGGUGUCAGGCCUGAGUUCAGCUCUUUUGAUCCAUGUCUAAGCCCAGGUGUGAACCUGCUCUCUACGUUCUCAAUGUCUUGUGCCUGAGAAACCUAUGCCACUACUGUGGCCAGAUGACCAAACCCUUCUCAUGGCCCUUGGGACAAGUGCCCCACUCUCCCAAAGAACAGCUUUCUUUAUGGGUUUAAUGAUAGAAACCAGGCCAGCCCCUGCUGGGUGCCCCACCCCCACCCUGUGAUUACCUAACAAUUGCUCCCUGGCGUUGCUAUAGGUCAUGAGAACUGAGGAUAGGUUCUGGGCCGCUCUGGGAGUAGGCUCUUAGGGGAACUGCCUCAGAGUCCCCGGGUGGACAUAAGCCUCCCUAACACCAAUGAGCUCCCCUUCCCACACCCCAGUUCCAUCCCCAACCCAGUCCCCAUCCCAAUCCCGAUCUAACCACGCUGAUAAUACAAUCAACCAGCAGCACCCCCCUAGCUCUGGAGGCUCAGCCCCUUCCCCUUCCCCCACCCGGGGGACUUCUUCCCGCCCAACCUCUCAUAACCCCACCCCAGCUACCUCUCAGCCUUCCUCCCGGGCUUCCUCCCAGUCCCCUAGUCCUCAUAUCCAACAUGGGUCACGAGGGUCCACUCAAGUCCCUACCCCUCCAGCCUCCAAAUCUCCCUCCCAGACAGGAUUAAAAGUCCUCUCUCGAAAUCCUUCCCUGACACCCUCGGUGCCCAUGACCAGGUCCCCUUCCCACAGCCCUGCCAACUCGGCCUCCUACAUCGGGCCCACCCGCAACAUCCCUUCCUACAUUGCCCCCUAUGUGCCUCGUUUCAUGAAAGAGCCCCCCUAUUUCCAGCCCCCUACAGUACCUCUUCCGCAAAAUCGGUGCUUUCCCUGUCCCUUUCCAUGCCAGAACCAGGAAUCCAGGCAGCCACCGCCACCACCACCUCCUGACUCUUUCUACUUCCCUCUCCUCCCCCCACCCCCUCACCUCCCCCAGGUGAACUGCUCCUACCCCACACCUCCAGCCCUGUUCACACCCCCAUCCUCCCUCUCCUACACUCCACCGACGGAUGUCCUGCUGAAGGGGAAGCCACACGUGGUACCCUCGGUGCUACCAGCUACCUUCUAUACCCCCUUCUCCCGCUUCUACUCCCAGCCCAGGCCCUACCGCUAUCACCGGCGGUUAACACUCCCCUCGCUCUCCCUUCAAUACGAUGGUUCUGGACGCUCUGUCCACUUCUAUCGUGGGUCCUAGGCCUUACACCUAUUUUGGACCAGAAACCUCUGCCAGUAAAUUCAAGCUCCUGCAUCCAGACUUCAUCCGCUACCUGACAGAGAGGUUUUUGAAAUCCAAGUUGCUGAACACACGUUUCGCAGA